AUGGCUAUAGGACAGAAAGCGGAGUUUGGAGAGGAUCGCCUCUCCAAGAUCGCCAAAGCCGAUCCCAUCAGAUGGUGGAAUAAACCUAACCUUCGCUUUUUGUAUCUGAUCCUGGUCCCAUGUGGCCUCGGUGUUGAAUGGACGUCUGGAUUUGACUCUUCCAUGAUGAACAGUCUCAAUGCCGUUGACUCUUGGGUGGAGUAUUUUAACCAUCCCAGCUCAUCACGCCUCGGCCUCCUCAAUGCGAUGUAUUCCCUCGGUGCUCUCAUGGCUAUUCCGUUUGUUCCUACGGUGUCCGAGUAUCUUGGCCGUCGCCGGACCAUUUUAACUGGCUCAUUCAUUAUGAUGAUAGGUGCUGGAUUACAAACCGGCUCGGUCAACGAUCACAUGUUUCUUGCAUCUCGGUGGGUUCUCGGUUUCGGGAUUCCAUUCGCCAUAGUCAAUGCAUCGUCUAUGUUGGGGGAGCUAGGAUACGAGAAAGAGCGUUCUACAUUGACGAGUUUGUUCAAUGCAAGCUGGUUCGUGGGGGCCAUCCUCGCCGCCGGUGUUACCUAUGGCACAUUCCAGAUGUCCAGCACCUGGGCUUGGCGAAUCCCGAGCUUUCUCCAACUUGUUCCCAGUCUCUGUCAAGUUAUUUUUAUGCCGUUCUGUCCUGAGUCACCUCGUUGGCUAAUCAGCCGAGACCGACAUGAGGAGGCGCUGGAAAUACUACAGAAAUACCACAGCGAGGGCGAGAAUGGAGAAGAGUACGUCCGUGUAGAGUAUGCUCAAAUCCAGUCUACUCUCGCUGAAGAGAAGGAUCGCGCGACCAACUUUGUUUGGAAGAACGUUUUUCGAGACGCGCCUAUGCGCCGCCGCUUCAUGCUGGCCGGUAUCGUCGGCUUCUUCACUCAGUGGUCUGGUAAUGGACUAAUCAGCUUCUAUAUGAAGAAGAUACUCAACCUUGUGGGGAUAACAAACAACCUCACCGUCCAAAAGGUUAUUCUGAGCGAGAAGUGCUGGGGACUGAUCAACGCCAUACCGAUUGCUCUUAUUGCACCCCGAUUCCGCCGUCGCGUCAUGUUUCUCAUUUGUUCCACUGGCACGCUGGUAGUAUAUGUGGUUUGGACAAUCGCCUCGGCGAGAUUCCAGAUUGAACAAACCCGAUCUGCGGCGAUUCCUGUGCUGGUCUUCAUCUUCCUCUAUUCACCGCAACGAGCACAGGGUAUCGCAGUCGAGCAGCUAAUGGUCCGUUUCGCCGUCUUCUUCAACACAUAUGUCAACCCCAUCGCAUUGGAUUCCAUAGGCUGGAAAUAUUACAUCGUCUACUGCGUCUGGGUUUUGUUUGAGAUCUUCACCAUCUGGUUGCUUUUCCCCGAGACCCACGGACGAUCGUUGGAAGAACUCAGCUUCAUGUUUGAAGAUCAAGCCGUGAGAGACCGUGUGGAUAAGAACGUGGAAAAGGUAGUGGACACUGUCCAAUUGACGGAAUUUACAAGCCAAGAACAGCGGGGGGAUGAUAAAGGCGCGGCUUAG